CAGCCCAUCCUGGAAGUGUUGCCACACUAAAAGUCAUAAAAGAAACAACUCUUGACUUUUAGCCGCCCGACUGACCUAUUUAAGGAUUUUAUUUAUAAGAAAAUACAAACAUGUCUGAGACGGGAUACGGUGACACUUCAGAACGUGAAAGCCUCUCCUGCUCGGCCAGGCAAUAUGGGUCCACAGACAGCAGCGGCGAGCACGACAAUCCCGCCGCCAACCACUGCAACAACCACAGCAACCACAGGUUUCCCGCCGCGACAGCUGGGCACUGGGUCGGCGCCGACCAAGGGGAAGAGGCCAUCCGCAGGAAGUUGAAGUACUUCUUCAUGAGCCCCUGCGAUAAAUACCACGCCAAGGGCCGGAAGCCUUACAAGCUGAUCUUGCAGCUGCUCAAGAUCAUCAUCGUCACCGCUCAGUUGGUGCUGUUUGGCCUCAGUAACCAGGUGGUGGUGAUGUUCAAGGAGGAGAACACCAUGACUUUUAAGCACAUAUUCCUCAAAGACUUUGAUGAGUCCUCCGACAGCGAUUUUUCCGUGUACACACGACAAGAUGUCUACGAACACAUCUUCUAUGCCGUUGAGCAGUAUCUGGCGCUACCGGAGACCACGGUGGGCCGCUAUGCGUACGUCUACGGCAUGGGCGUGAACGGCAGUGCGCUGUCACUUUGCCAGCAGUACUACAAGAGGGGCCGUAUCGACCCGGCUAACGACACCUUCAACAUCGACCCGCACGUCAUCACAGCCUGUGUCGGAGUGAACCCUCAGACGGUCACCCCCUCCUCGCUGACCGACUCCUACAAGAACUUUACACUCAAGUUCCACAAGUUCAUCAAUGUGACCAUAGAGUUCCAGCUGAAGGCCAUCAAUCUGCAGACCAUCAUCAACAAUGAGAUCCCCGACUGCUACACAUUUAACAUAAAGAUCGUGCUGGACAACAAGGCUCACAGCGGCAAAGUGAAGAUACGACUAGAGAACGAGGUCUCCAUCAAGGAGUGCAAAGACCCCAGCGUCUCUGGACAGGCUGAGAAUUACACUCGCUUGGCGUUCGACGUGGCCGUGGCUCUGGUGUGCACGCUGUCCUUGCUGCUGUGCGGACGCUCCAUCCUGCGAGGCAUCAUGCUGCAGCAGGAGUUUGUGCAGUUCUUUAAGGACAAUCUGGAUCGCAAAGUGCGCUGGGCUGACCGCAUGGAGUUCAUCAACGGGUGGUACAUCCUCCUUAUUGUCAGCGACAUCCUCACCAUCAUCGGAAGUUUCAUCAAAAUUGGCAUCGAAUCGAAGAACAUGUCCUCCUAUGAUCUAUGUGGCAUCCUGUUAGGGACUUCCACCCUCCUGGUCUGGGUGGGGGUCAUUCGCUACCUCACCUUCUUCCAGAAGUACAACAUCCUGAUUGUGACUCUUCGAGCAGCCUUUCCUAAUGUCAUCCGCUUCUGCUGCUGCGUGGCCGUCAUCUACCUGGGCUACUGCUUCUGUGGUUGGAUCGUCCUGGGACCAUACCAUGUCAAGUUCCGCUCCCUGUCCAUGGUGUCAGAAUGCCUCUUCUCCCUCAUCAACGGUGACGACAUGUUUGUGACCUUCUCGGGAAUGCAGGAGAGCAGCCCGCUGGUGUGGCUGUUCAGCCAGGUGUACCUGUACUCCUUCAUCUCCCUCUUCAUCUACAUGGUGCUGUCGCUCUUCAUCGCCCUCAUCACAGGAGCCUACGAGACCAUCAAGCACCAAACCCAGGAGCCCAUUCACAUCACAGACCUCCACGCCUUCAUAGCAGAGUGCACGGACGCACCGAGUUCUGGAAAGUUCCGGGGCCUGGAGACCUCUCCGUGCUCCUUUUUCUGCUGCUGUGACAGAACAACAACAUAUGAGGACGUCCUGCUGGUGAACUAAGGUUGAACUCCGUAAACACAGAAUGCGUCUCAAGCGCCGCCCCCUGCUGGCCAAAGGGAUGCACUGCACUGCAUUGCACUGCUCGCGGUCUGUGCCCCCCACCCUCCUUUUUCUUUGGAACGAGCUUUGUUAUUCAGCACUUGACUGAAAGAGGAGUCGUCCAUCAACCGCAGCAGCAUUCUGAUGAAGGAACGUGAGUUUCUCAUUUUGUCCUGCAGCCCGACCAACUCGCCAGGAAGAACUGAAGAAAGCAGUGAGUUGCUUUUAAGCGCACAUAUUUAUGCCACUGGACCCUUUUUGAUUAAGCUCAGUGUUUUUAAUCAUCGCACAGGAUUUAUGUUUAGUUUAUUUUGUUUAUUUAAAAAAAAAAUGACAUGUGAAGUAUGGGGCCUGACCGUGGUCUCGGUACCUGUGAGGGCUUCUUACAUUUUCAGGCCACAGUCAGCACCCGGACACAAGCUGAACAUCCAUGAUGGUGCGGACUAUUUUGCAUUUGUUUUGGAUUUCAAGUCAAGUCUUCAGUGUGCAACAAUGCUACUUUUGCAGUGUAGAAAAUAUCUCUCCUGCUGCAGUUAUGCUGCAAAGUACAGUGAUAAAAGCACUUGUGGUCAUCUCAGGGCAAUCUGGACUGUUUGGUCAGAUUAAAUGCCCUGAGAUGACAAAGACCUGGAUGAAUGAAAACCUUCAUAGACACUAGUGGUCACUAUUGGUCAUUACUACCAACAGGACUUUUUAGUCACUUUCAUUUAGUUCAGGUUUUUUUUUUAGGUUAUAGCUUAAAAAAAAACAAUUAGCAGAGUAAACAUCUUUAGGUUCACCACAAAUAGGUCAACUAACAAAAUGUGAGCAUACUCUGAUAUAUUCUUAGUAGAGAUGUCCGAUAAUAUCGGACUGCCGAUAUUAUCGGCCGAUAAAUGCUUUAAAAUGUGAUAUCGGAAAUUAUCGGUAUCGGUUUCAAAAAGUAAAAUAUAUGACUUUUUAAAACGCCGCUGUGUACACGGACGUAGGGAGAAGUACAGAGCGCCAAUAAACCUUUAAAGGCACUGCCUUUGCGUGCCGGCCCAAUCACAUAAUAUCUACGGCUUUUCACACACACAAGUGAAUGCAAGCAUACUUAGUCAACAGCCAUACAGGUCACACUGAGGGUGGCCGUAUUAACAACUUUAACACUGUUACAAAUAUGCGCCACACUGUGAACCCACACCAAACAAGAAUGACAAACACAUUUCGGGAGAACAUCCGCACCGUAACACAACAUAAACACAACAGAACAAAUACCCAGAACCCCUUGCAGCACUAAAUCUUCCGGGACGCUACAAUAUACACCCACCCACCUCAACCCCGCCCACCUUAACCUCCUCAUGCUCUCUCAGGGAGAGCAUGUCCCAAAUUCCAAGCUGCUGUUAAAAAAAAAUAAUGCACUUUGUGACUUCAAUAAUAAAUAUGGCAGUGCCAUGUUGGCAUUUUUUUCCAUAACUUGAGUUGAUUUAUUUUGGAAAACCUUGUUACAUUGUUUAAUGCAUCCAGCAUCCA